AUGCGGAGGGGUCUUCUCUCCACGCACCCGGUGCCGUCUCCGGCGACGGACAGGAAGAAUCACGAGGCCACGGGCGACCAGGGCGACAGGGGAACCCCCGAACACACGCUGGCGAGGAGGGCGGCCAUGAGGUCCACGGCUGGAAUGUUGCAGGAUAACUGGCCGCGGGAAGGGAAGCCGCGCGUGACUUUAAGGGAUUUAAAUGAAAAGGUGGCUCUUUCUCUCAGCAUCGACAGCGGCCUUCUGGCAUCGCCGACAAACGUCACAAAAAUGGCAACGGAGUUUGCUGAGGCAAUUGAGAGGGUACAACUGAGAAAUUCUCUCCUUUCCGUGGAGCAGGAAUGUAACUUACGCGAUGAAUUAUCUUCAUGCUUGCAACGCAAGUUUGAAGAGGUGUAUCAUCUGGCUUUGGAGAAGGAAAGGCAGCAUCAACGGAACACCCGCGACUCGUACAAUAGUGAACUUCUUAUCGCCUACCGCCGCGAACAGCAGACCAAGCACCAGGAGCAGUUGGAAGACCUGCAACAGAAUUUGGAGGCAGAAUUUCGGGAGGAACAGAAAGAGCAGCGACGUCGUGCGUACCAGCGGCGGGUGAAGGUGUUGUUGACUCAACAGGGUGAAAAGAAGACGGAAUAUCAAAAUGCUUUGGAGCAGUACUACACCUACCGUGAAGGAGGGCAGCCCGCAUCCGGCACAUUUUCCCCGCGUGACGGCUUUUUUCAGGUACGCUUCACUUGUGAAGAGGAAAUAGCGCUACGUACAAGUGCCGAAUCCAUGAGUAGAGACCAAGUGAUGUGUCUUCGUAUUGCCCUGCGUCGGCUAAAAAAAAGGGUGAAGAUGACUAAAGAGCACACGCAGCGUUGCUUAUCGCAGCGUCAGAAAUCUGUUUUUGCUGCGAGAAAUCGUGCGCAAGAACGGUAUCUUUCAAUCAUUGCAGACCAGCAGAAUGAACUGAGGAUGCUUCAGCAUUGGCACAAUGAGAUGCAGAAGUUAGAACGAGAAGCCAAAGAAAUCAUGCGUUCAUACACGGAGCAGCGUCUUCGGCGUCAGGAACAUAUGCAACGUGAAAAGGAGGGGCAGGUAUCAUCCGUCACAGGUAGCAAUGGGGAGGAGGGUACCGGUAAGGGAGGAUCUGCGCUUAACGCAAAGUGUUCCAACGGCUUUCAGCGGGGCCUAUUUGAUCUUUUGCUUUGA